AUGUUUCAGCUUUCGUACGCAGACACCCACCCCAUGUUCACAUCAGACAACUUCCCCAACUUCUACCGUGUGGUGCCCAGCGAAAACGCCUUCAACGCACCGAGGCUGAAGCUGAUGCAGCACUUCAACUGGACCAGGGUCGGGACCAUCUACCAGAACGAGCCCAGCGGUCCCGGAGACCGUAAGAUAAAGAGGGAAGAGACAAAGGGAGCCGGUGAAAGUGAUUACACAGUUUUCCACUCGGAGCGGUCGCCUUCCACAACUAAUUCCCUCACUCGGACAAUGGGAUCUCCUCGCCCCGACCAGCUCCUCUCCCUUAUCUUCCUGUGA